AUUUUUGUCUAUAAAUGUGAACUUAUCCUCUCCUCGAAGUUCAAUUCAUUCAAUCCAUAGCUCUUUCAGAAAAGAAUAACACACAAAUUUCUUGUUUUCGUUGAGGAAAAUUGAAAGUCAAUGGCUCGAUCAUUCUCCAACGCCAAGAUGCUCUCUUCUUUCGUUGUUAACAGAAUCUCCGCCGUCGUCACCAGAAGGGGAUAUGCGGCGACAGCAUCACAGAGUGGUGUUUCCAGCGGUGUUAGAGGAGGUGCUUCGAACGUGAUGUUGAAGAAAGGGGAGAAAGAAUCGACCAAAACCUCGUGGGUGCCGGAUCCAGUCACCGGAUAUUACCGGCCGGAGAAUCAAUCCAAAGAGAUUGACGCCGCCGAGUUGAGGGAGAUUCUAUUGAAGAACAAAACCAGACGACACUAAACUGGAAAAACUGAUUUUGAAUCAAGUUUUGGUCUCAAUUUCUUCCCUUGGGCUAUGAUCCUCGGUAGAUUAUAUUAUAUACUCAAUUGUUGUAGCUUUGUAACUUCUGUUCUUAGGUGUAGAAACAGAGUGUUCAUGUUGAGGCCUUUGUUGCCUUGUUCUCAUUACAUAAUAAUGCAAUAUCUAAGUUAUUUACGUUUUGUUCA